AGUGCAAGGCUGGGGAUUAGAGCCAGGAAACCAUCUCCACGGCAACCUCAAACCUCCAGGCUCUGCCUCGGAGCUGCUCACCCGUUCCCUGGGACCUGGUGGGGCAGGAUGAAGCUGCUGGCUGCUGUGCUGCUGGCUACUGGCCUGCUGGCCACCGCUGCCAGGGGGGACCAGCAUCUCUGGCAGGAUGAACCAUCACGGACCUGCUUCUUCCAGACCCUGGAGGGCACGGACAAGGACUUCUGCAGAGGGGAUUUGGAAGUUAUCUACCCAGAGGUGGGUGACGUGAGCUGCAUCUAUGUCCCCAAGUGCCACCAGUACCGGCGGCGGAUCAGCAGGGAGUGGGGCAGCCCCCGUGUCCGCUACCCCCAGGCUGAGAAGGGCAAGAAGUACGUGCUGGUGCUGGUGGACCCCGAUGCUCCCAGCAGAGCCAACCCCAGGAACCGCUUCUGGAGGCACUGGUUGGUCACCGACAUCCCGGAUUGUCUCCUGGUUCACACCCCCGUGGUCCCACACCCCGUGCCCACAGCGCUCUCCUCUCCUCUCUUCCAGGGCAAGAAGUACGUGCUGGUGCUGGUGGACCCCGAUGCUCCCAGCAGAGCCAACCCCAGGAACCGCUUCUGGAGGCACUGGUUGGUCACCGACAUCCCGGGUGCAGAUCUGAGGACUGGGGACAUCAAAGGGCGCGUAUUGACGGAUUACGUCCGGCCCACGCCCCCGCCCCGCAGCGGGUACCACCGCUACCAGCUCCUCCUGUACCAACAACCAGCUCACACAACCAUCACCCUGAGACCCGAGGAGUGGGUCUCCCUGGGUUCCUGGGCCAUGGAAAGCUUCCUCAAGCAGUUUCGACUGGGCUCCCCGGUGGCCUCAACCCAGUUCCUCACCAAAUACUACGAGGAUUAGCACCAUCCAUCAUGGACCCACCUCUGCCCGAACCAAGAGGAGACCCCCGGACCCACCGAGGAUGCACCCACCUCCUCCCAGCCCACAUUCACACCAGAACCCCCAGCCCCUCCACUUCCCAAACCUGUGGGGCUGGGGGUGUAUGUCUCUUUCCCUCCCGAGCAAUGUCCUACCUCACCUUGGGUACCCCAAGAAGGGUGGCAUCACCUUCUUCUUUUCCCCUCACCCCAUUUCUAGCCUGACCCCCAGCAUGUCCUGCCUGCACUUUGAGGGGGGGUCUUUAAUGCCUGUAGUUUUAGAAUAAAACAUGGAUGGAGCACA